AUGAGGGAUGCUUUCAGAGCCCGAGGCAGGGGCCGCGGUGGUGGGGGGUGGCGGGGCAGCCAGCGCACAACAGUCGCUGAACCGCAUCAACAGCAGUGGAAAGGUGGCUUUGGGUUAGUCACUGGGUCAGAUACUCGCCACUUUAACCCGCGAGAGGCCCGCGCCCGGCCCGAGAGGGAGGCGGAGCCGCCACACGGAGCACUGCCGCUGCAUCCCAGUGUGCCUCAUAGGCGACGACAGCAGGGUCAAGGCCUCCGUAGGGAGCGCACUGCCCCAUACGAGCCAAGAGCGGCUCUUGGUGCUCAUGGAGGGCCAUCAACGGGGGCACGGGGGCCUUCAUUGGUUGUGGGCAGUUCGGGCGGGGCAGAGGUGGAAGCAGUCUCCGGGACGUUGGCUGACGGGGCCACAUUGUCCGCCUGCGUGCCUCCGUCCGUAUGCUGCAUCAGUUAUGCAGAUCAGCUUAUUGAUUACUACACGGGUAAAAUAUGCCCUAGGCGUUUCUGCGCAGCUUACAAAGAAGUUUGCAAGCUUUUGCGAUUGUCUGAAGUACCACCCAGACCUGCAGGCUCAGUGUUCCCACCGACCUCCAGCACAAGGGGGGCUCCGGAUGCUGGGGACGCUGAGCAAGUGACGUAUGAUAUCUCGCCACCAAAUGGGGGAGUACCGCAGGGCUCCAUGCUUGAGGCUGAUGAGAUGAGCGAGGUCUCACAAGUGGAAGAAGGAGAAGUUGACGAAGAGGCACCAGGAGUUCAUGGGGCGCAUCAUAACCCGCCCUCGCAGGCUGGGAACUUGGGAGGUACGCCGCUAGAGCAAGGCAUAACAAGCCGUGCUGCUUCCCACGUUUCAACAGACGCCUCGCAACGUGUAAUGCAAGGCGUGAGCCCUGUAACACCAUCGCUUCAGCAUCAGGGUAAUAUUGGGCUUAAUACCUCUAGGAGGGACCCUCGCUUAGCAGCAAGGGCGCGCGCUGAGGUAUGUGGGCAGCAGCAGGACGCGGUACCGGUGCAGGUGCCCGUAGUGACAGAGCUGCAGAAGCCUCAGCCAGAAGGGCAAGGCAGCAUUGAGGCCCAGCAGCAGCAGCAACAGCUGCCAAAAUCGGAUCCUACUAGUCUGCCGCCUGCGCUGCGGCGGCAGCCAUUGUUGUCGGGGAAGCUGCCGCUUCUUCUUGAUUUAGAUAACACUUUGCUUCACGCACAGGCAGUUGGCGUGGCUGGGUACCGGUUAGCAUUGGAAGACUGGUUGGAUGAGGAUGGGCUGCCGGAGGCUUACAAGUUUGAACUGCCGUGCAACCGCAAGGUCUAUUAUCUCAAGUUGCGUCCAGGGCUGCGCCGCUUCCUUAAAGCCCUAGCCCCAGUUUUUGAACUCAGCAUCUACACGAAUGCGACACAGGAGUAUGCCGACCUGGUGGUGGCUAUCUUGGACCCCGACAGAUCCCUCUUCGGAGACCGCAUCGUGGCGCGCGAGUCUUCGGGCCGAGGCGAGCAGACGGAAAACAAAACUGUGCGAUGUCUGUACGGAGAUCUGGAUCGCCGGUGUGUAGUUGCUUUUGAUGAUCGUCAAAACAUUUGGACUGACUUGCCGGUGGCUCACGUGGUAAAGGCUCAGCACUACGAUUUCUUUGACUCGUCGAGACCUGAGUUGCUAUCCCAUUAUCCCCAUUUACCAAUAGAAGAAACCAUAGCUGCAAUAGCAGAGAAUCCACGGCAACGUGCCACCGCACUGGAGAAGUCUUCCCCUGUGCCAGCAGCAAAGAAACACCAACUGUUUCGACCCUAUGAUUGGGACAGACACAUGCAGCACAUGGUUAACAUAUUCCUUAAGGUCCACCAGGAGUUUUUUAAAGAUCCUUGGCAUGCAAACGUUGGGACGAUCAUUAGCGGUUUCCAGUCACGCACAUUGGCCGGCGUAGGCCUGUUCCUUACAGGAUACAGGAAGUCCUUUGCACCUGGCAGCCUCGUAGCAGAUUGCGAAGAACGGCAAGCAGAACUGGCUCAACGCUUAGGAGCCACUGUAUAUAGGCGUUUUGAUGAACCUGGUGUAACUCACGUUAUGGCGGGGAAAAGCAACACGAACAAUAUGCUUGCACUGAAGGAGGGGUCGUUUCAACAUUUGAAAAAGGUGCACACGUUGUGGCUAUUCUCCUGCGAGUCCGUAUGGGCUAAGGCACCAGAGUCUUGUUUCGACGCUGAUGCACUGUGCGCCUUAUACGACAACCAGCCACCUUGUGCACCGUUCAAGGAUCACUGGAUGCAUAUGGCAGAUUUCACUCCUCCGCCUGCGGUAGCUCCUGCGCAUCCUCUGCCUCUAAGGGAUAGGUUGCCAGUCAGGGAGUUUCUCGGUACAGGUCCAUACAGUGAUGGAGCCACACUCAUAUCGCCAUUCGAAGAAAUUAUCUUCCUGUGGAGGCCAGAGAAGCAGCCUAUUCGGCAGCUUUACUCCAAAGCUUCCACGCAACAUAAUACACAACCACAUUCCACAGACGCACAACAGCAGCAGUUACUGUCGGCCCGACCAGAGAGCCAAAGAUCUGAUCAGGGAGGUGAGGAAGUGAGAGCACUCAACGAUCGGCAAGAGGCAGAGGUAAUGCCUUUCUGCAAUUUCCAGGUGUAUGCCGUGUGA